CACAGCUUUUUCCACUUUUUGUUAUAAAUUUGCACAUUUUAGUGUGAGCGUCUUGGCUAGUUGCACUGCCAAUGAACGAUUUGUAUUCUUUUGCUUAAUCCAUUUGCAAAAAUUUGAACUUUCUCAGCCAUUUUUCAGGUCUUUUAAUUUUGCAUUUCUUGAAAUCUGAUCAGUCUCACAGUUUUUAUUUGAUUCGUUUUGAGAUUCUUUACUGGAUCAUAACAAUCUCACUUGGGUUUAGUCUACAAUCUGAUUUUGUUUCACUACCAGAUUACAAAAACACCCAGCAAUGGGGAGAUUUUCAAUAUGCAUUUUGGGUUUUCUGCUCUUGUGCUGCUUAGCAGCUGGGACAGAAACAACAUAUUUGAAAUACAAAGACCCAAAACAGCCACUGGGUGCGAGAAUCAAGGACCUUCUGAGCCGUAUGACACUUGAAGAGAAGAUCGGCCAAAUGGUUCAAAUCGAGCGCAAAGUAGCAACCCCUGAUACAAUGAAGAAGUACUUCAUUGGGAGUGUUCUGAGUGGAGGAGGGAGUGUUCCAGCUCCUAAAGCUUCAGCUGAGACCUGGAUCAGUGCGGUGAAUGAGAUCCAAAAGGCUGCUCUAUCAACUCGUCUUGGGAUUCCAAUGAUUUAUGGGAUUGAUGCUGUUCAUGGCCACAACAAUGUGUAUAAUGCUACUAUUUUUCCUCACAAUGUUGGUCUUGGAGUUACCAGGGAUCCUAUACUUAUCAAGAAGAUUGGAGAAGCAACUGCCCUCGAAGUCAGAGCUACAGGAAUUCCUUAUGCCUUUGCUCCAUGUAUUGCGGUUUGCAGAGAUCCAAGAUGGGGUCGGUGCUAUGAAAGCUACAGCGAAGAUCAUAAAAUUGUUCAAUUAAUGACAGAGAUUAUACCUGGUUUGCAAGGAGAUCUCCCUGCCAAUUCCCACAAGGGUGUGCCUUUUGUAGCUGGAAAACAAAAGGUUGCAGCCUGUGCAAAGCACUUUGUAGGAGAUGGUGGCACUACCAAAGGCAUCAAUGAGAACAACACUGUAAUUAGUUUGAGUGGACUGCUUAACAUUCACAUGCCUGCAUACUAUAAUUCCAUCAGCAAGGGUGUUGCAACAGUUAUGGUAUCCUAUUCGAGCUGGAAUGGGAAGAAAAUGCAUGCUAAUCGUGAUCUCGUCACUGGUUUUCUGAAAAACAAACUAAAAUUCAGGGGUUUUGUUAUAUCAGAUUGGCAGGGCAUUGACAGGAUUACCUCACCUCCCCAUGCUAACUAUUCAUAUUCAGUUGAAGCUGGAGUUAGUGCGGGAAUAGACAUGAUCAUGGUUCCCGAAACUUAUACAGAGUUUAUUGAUGAUCUAACCUAUCUAGUGAAGAAAAACAUCAUUCCAGUAAGUAGGAUUGAUGAUGCAGUGAAGAGGAUCUUGAGAGUUAAAUUCGUCAUGGGUCUCUUUGAGAACCCAUUGGCAGAUAACAGCCUGGUCAACGAGCUUGGGAAUAAGGAACAUAGAGAAUUGGCUAGGGAAGCAGUAAGAAAAUCACUUGUGCUACUAAAGAAUGGCAAAUAUUCUGAGCCAUUGCUUCCCCUUCCCAAGAAAGCUGCAAAGAUUCUAGUUGCAGGAACUCAUGCAGACAACUUGGGCUAUCAAUGCGGCGGCUGGACAAUUACAUGGCAAGGCCUUGAAGGAAAUGAUCUUACAGUUGGUACUACAAUUCUCAAGGCCAUAACCAAUACAGUUGAUCCAACCACCCAAGUUGUCUACAGCCAGAAUCCUGAUGCAAACUUCAUCAAAUCCAACAAAUUCUCCUACGCUAUCGUUGUUGUGGGUGAGCCUCCAUAUGCAGAAACUUUUGGUGAUAGCUUGAACCUGACAAUAUCAGAACCCGGUCCAAGCCUUAUCAACAACGUCUGUGGAGCUGUGAAGUGUGUUGUUGUUGUCAUUUCCGGUCGUCCUGUUGUGAUCCAGCCUUACGUUGCUAAGAUUGAUGCCCUUGUGGCUGCUUGGCUUCCAGGAACUGAAGGCCAAGGCGUUGCUGAUGUUUUAUUUGGUGACUAUGGAUUCACCGGAAAACUUGCACGAACAUGGUUCAAGACAGUCGAUCAGCUUCCAAUGAAUGUAGGUGAUUCACAUUAUGACCCUCUAUUUCCAUUUGGGUUUGGUUUAACUACGAAACCUACCAAUUAAUAAGUAAAUUAAAAACUAUAGAGGGUAUCCGGCAUUAUAUAUUCAUAUACUUCCUUGUCCAUUUCAUUAAGGAGCUUCAAGGUCAAAGUGUAUCUGAGUUUUAUUUUUCUUAGUACCAAACUGCUGAGAGUGCCAGGGAGUUCAAGAGUGUUCUUGGUAUCAUAUUCACAAAUUUUAUCUAUAUUCCUAUAAAAAGCUUUAUGUUCUUAAAACUAUUA